GCGAAGCGGAGUGAAGAAACGUGGCCGGGUGCAGCAGAUAAAAUCCGUGCGUCGUCCUCAGUCAAUAACGAGUUCCCAGUUAGUCGCUGGUCGCACCAACCACGGGUUGCACACCGGGAAGCUCAUCGAUCUCGCGCUAAUCGGAAGAAGGCUCGCGAAUGUCGCAACGCGACGGACGAGAGACGUUCACGCGAAAAGGCAUACUCAGGCCUCUCAUCGUGCGACUUGAAGGGACACACAUUUCGAGCCGACGCAUUUACGAAAAUCUCGAAAAUCUAUAUUGCGACGAAGACGAAUGUCGAACUUUGACGGAAUAACAGUGGGCACGUUUACUCUCUCUCAGAUCUGAAGAUAUCCGAGACCGGCUCGGAAAACGGCAAUUAUUUCUAAGAUAAUUUCUAAGAAUUUUCCAGAGCGAUCCGGUGGAUAUCUCUCCGAGACGACGACGACGACGUUUUGCUUGAAUGGCAAAACAAUAAAAAAUCGUUAGAUUAGACACGUAUCUGUAAUUGUUAUGUAAAGAUCGAAGGCGCAAUCUCGAACCGCGAUUUUCCGCGGAACGCUAUCGAACGGGGCAAUAAUACGAGCAGACAGUCGGGAGGGAUAAACAGCUCGGCGCGGAUCGCGUAUUUAUUGCAUUGUACAUACGACGAUAUUAUAUCUGAACAAAGAAGAAACCGAAGGCAGAAGAAAGGAGACCAGACUCGUCUAUCUAAAACUCGCGGCGCAUCCGAACGGGACGGCAGUAAAUUAGCAUCGAGUCGUUGAAACGCAUCUAUUCGGUGAUCGAAAGUCUCUUUUAAAUAGCCCGGCAUGCAAGCGGUCGAUGAAUGAUGAUAAAGAUUUAAAGUACUUUGCGAUACGAUAUCGAGCUCAUCAAUCGAAUAUAUAUAAACACCGUCGAGUAUUGUAAAGACAUAUAAAGGAUUGAGUCGUGAAUGAGAGCGAGAAGAGGUGGUCACUUGUCAAAGGAAAUAAAAAAGACUGAUUGAUUGAUUCUCUUUUAAAAAAAAAAUUGCAAAUCACGCAUUUUUGUGCAUUGCGUUAGAGAGAUUACCGUUGUUAUAUUAUUAUUUGUUUAAUUAUUGGAAAAUACUAAAGAUACUGAAGAAAAGGGAAUACCAUGGCGAACACAGCGGACGUUAAUAACACGGAUGGACAAACGGACAGUAACGUAAAUAGACAGACGGACGUGACAAAUGUAAAUGAACAAACGGACGUGAAAAAUGUAAAUGGACAAACGGACGUCAAAAAUGUAAACGAACAAACGGACGUUGAUAAUGCGAAUGGACCAACGGACGUUAACAAAACGAAUGAACAGAAAGAUAUUAAUAAUGUGAACGAAAUGCAUAUUAAUAUUGUCGGUGGGCAAACCAGCAUUAACAAUACAGGUGGAAACGUAUCAUUGUGCAUGGAGGUCAAGAUGGAAUCUAGUGUUUCUGAUGAAAAAAAGUGGGAACGAUCCGGAACAAUUUAUCAAAUACUGAUGGCUUUAUGCGCCAAUGUUGUAGUACUGGGGCCUGCGAUGGGUUUCGGUUACAGCGCUGUAGCGGAACCUGCGAUGAUGAACCCAAAAAAUUCCGACGACUUGCGGCUUGACGCUGUCCAAGCGAACUGGAUGGCUACCGUAUCGGCGUUGGGUACGCCUAUCGGCUGCUUACUUUCGAGCGCUGUGAUGGGACGAGGAAGGAAGAUCAGCAUGUUCGUGACAUCGUUCAUCUCGAUGGCGGGUUGGGUGACCAUUUACAUGUCGAACAGUUACACGCAGAUCCUGAUAGGAAGAGCGAUUUCCGGAAUAUCCACCGGUAUGGCGUCGGUUCCGACGACGGUGUACGUGGCAGAAAUAGCUGGACCGAAAUGGCGAGGCACGAUGGUCACGUGGACCAGUAUCUCAAUUGCUCUCGGUGUUCUUAUUGUUUAUAUCUUCGGAUAUAUCAUUAAGGACGACUGGCGACUGGUGGCUCUGCUGUGCGCCCUAUUUCCGUUGUGCGCGAUCGCCCUCACCCUGCUGGUGGUACCAGAGACUCCUCUAUGGCUGCGGGACCAGAAUCGGCCCGAGGAAGCGCUGGAGAUCAUGAAAAGAUUUCGCGGAAUACCGAAGGACCAGCCAGCCACGGCGGAGGUUCUGUUUGAGCUGAAGCCACGACCGCAGAAGAAAAAUCAGAAUAUACUGAAGCACUUGGUGAAAAGGAGCUCCUUGGUACCGUUCGGUAUAAUGAUCGCGUUCUUCUUCUUCCAACAAUUCUCCGGAAUCUUCGUCGUCAUAUACAACGCCGUCGCGAUCAUGGCCAAGUCCGGUGUCAAGGUAGAUCCUUAUCUCGGGGCCGUACUGAUAGGGGUCGCCCGUUUCAUAGCCAGUCUUCUGACGGCCGGCGUGUCUCGCAAAUUCGGUCGACGAAUACCAUCGAUGAUAUCCGGCAUCGGCAUGACGAUAUUUAUGGGCGGCCUGUCGCUCUAUCUCUUCCUGGCGGAAAAGGGCACGGUUAUGGCGGACAACGGGGUGGUCCCGGUGAUCUGCAUGGUGAUGUAUAUCUUUACGAGUACUCUGGGCUUCCUGGUCAUGCCCUUCGCCAUGGUGGGCGAGGUAUACCCGUCCAAGGUCAAAGAUAUAUUGUCCGGCUCGACGGUUUGCCUAGGUUAUCUCUUCAGCGCGGUGACCGUCAAAACGUAUCCGGAUAUGCUGGCCCAAAUGAGUAUGCACGGUGUGUUUCUCUUUUUCGCAAUCGUGUCUCUGGUUGGGGUCGUAUUCAUCCUAUUCUUCCUACCUGAGACGAAGGGAAAGACCCUUCGUGAAAUCGAAGACAUGUUCUCGAUGAAGAAGAAGGCCUUUGAGUUGCAGACAACCGAAGGAAUAAUCGGGGAAAGAGUAGCUCCAACCUCCGUCGGUCUUUUAAGAAAUUGAGGAUAUUUAAUGUUUAUAAAAACGGGCAGGUAACCGUCUAGAGUAAAUUAUAUUAUAUUUAUGGAGGAAAAGACAUAAAAAUCGAACGUACGAAUGUUGCAUGGCUGGCGGAAGAAAUGAAACAAAUGCAACGCUGUUCUGUGAUAUUUCGAGAGGUAUCCUAAAAUAAGGGGUAUAAAAUCGAAAUAAUGAAAUAUCUUUUAUAUUUAUUCUAAAUACAUUAAACGAGAUCUUUCAAUCAUAUAUUUUGUAAAAUUCUGACUUUCUGACGUGGAUAAAAGACGUAAAGAUAUUUGCUUACAAAGAGAAAUAAAUAAAACGUAUUAUGACAAAGCUAUGUUGUCAUCUUGAUAAGAAUUUUGCCAUUGAAACGAGAACAGUGCCAUAUAUCAAUAGUUCCACAUGCAAGAUGUGUUCCAAAUGUGUUGCAAAUUCCACUAAAAUAAGAUUUGAUUUGCACUAAUUUACAACUAAUUUACGGCAAGAGAGAGAGAGAGAGAGAGAGA